GAGAACAGCACAGUUCUUUUGUUCUUUUCCCUUUAUAUGCGUAUUUGAAGGUUUGACAUGAGAAAAUGUUGCGAAGACCACGUCGGUCCGCUGGACAUCUUGAUUUUUCUAUGUUGCCGGUUUCUUUGCAUGUGUAUAAGAGAGCAGUUAAGGGUGAGCACUGGGAGGACGAUUAGUUGUGGCGAAAACUGACAGAAGAAGCUCUCUGAAGAGCUGUAGAUCUUCAUUCUGCGGUUCUGUUUUCAGUCAGAUUUUCCUCAAGUUUCAAUAAUUGUUGAUCCAACUUCAGCUUUUGUCGUCUCACUGACUAGUGAGUAGUAGAGUUCUUCCCAAUGGGUGUAUCUCGGUCUCUGGUACCAUCUGACUGGGAAAAAAUGGGGGACCUUAAGAAUGAAUUGGAUUCAACGGACUGUGAUGGAAGCAUCAUAGUGAGGUCUGUCAGUUUCAAUGGAAAGGAUGUGGAGAAAAUAUUGAGAUCAGUAAGUUUCAAGAACCUAGAGAUACCAACACGUCCAGAAAGGCCGAAGAAAUUGGUGAUCGAAACAUCACCUAGUUUCAAGAGAUGGGAACACAAGAACCUUACAGUUGAAACUGCAGUUCCUUCAUGGAUCCAAAAUGAACUGAGAGAAAAUGUUGGAUCUUUCAGUUUCAGAGUUGACAGUGAUGGUAAUUCUGUGAUGGUGCAUGCAUCGAGUGAUUCGAGCAAACAACUCUUUAGAGAACAUUCAAUACAUUCCCCAUGUGAAAGGGACGCAGCAGCAGUGAAGCUACAGAAAGUGUACAAAAGUUACAGAACACGAAGAAAUCUUGCAGAUUGUGCAGUCGUGGUUGAGGAGCUCUGGUGGAAGGCGUUAGAUUUUGCUGCUUUGAAGCGAAGCUCCGUUUCAUUUUACAAUAUUGAAAAGCAGGAAACUGCAGUCUCACGCUGGUCUCGAGCUCGAACAAGAGCUGCAAAGGUUGGUAAAGGUUUAUCGAAGGAUGAGAAGGCCCAGAAAUUGGCUUUGCAACACUGGCUUGAAGCUAUUGAUCCCCGACAUCGUUAUGGGCACAACCUUCAUUUCUAUUAUGAUAUAUGGUUUGAUAGUGAAAGCUCUCAGCCCUUCUUUUAUUGGUUGGACGUUGGAGAUGGCAAGGAAAUUAAUCUUGAGAAGUGUUCAAGAACUGUUCUUCAACGUCAAUGUAUCAAAUACCUCGGGCCGAAAGAAAGAGAAGCUUAUGAAGUGAUGGUGGAGAAUGGGAAGCUUAUCUAUAAAGAAAGCAGGAGUUUUGUUGACACAGUUAAAGAUGAUAAAGGGACUAAGUGGAUCUUUGUUCUAAGCACAUCCAGGACACUGUAUGUUGGGCAGAAGAAGAAGGGGGUCUUUCAGCAUUCAAGUUUUCUUGCUGGAGGUGCAAUUUCAUCAGCUGGAAGGCUGGUGGUUGAUUGUGGGGGUCUCAAGGCUAUUUGGCCAUAUAGUGGUCAUUACCAUCCAACUGAGGAGAACUUUAAUGAGUUUAUUAGCUUCCUUGCAGAAAACAAUGUGGACCUAACUAACGUCGAGAUGCGUGCUACUGAUGAUGAUAGUCCUCCAUUUGAAAAGGAGACCAAGAUCAAGAAGAAAGAAGUUUCAUCUUCAAGUGGCAGCUCAUUUGUCGAUCUGGUGUCAAAAGCUGCAUCUGCAAACAAAGCCAAGGAAGAAGAAGAAGGAGGGCUGCCAUUGGGCAACCGGCUAUCCUGCAAGUGGACAACUGGUGCCGGUCCUCGUAUUGGCUGUGUUAGGGACUAUCCUGCUGAACUACAAUGCAGGGCACUUGAACAAGUUCACCUGUCACCCAAGCUCGCUCCUUCACCCUUUGGCACCUCUGGUCCAAUUCCCUCACCUCGUCCUAGUCCAAGGGUGAGACUUUCUCCUAGACUCUCUGGCAUAGGCAUCCCCAGCCCUAGAGUCCCACUCUAUAGUGAUUGAUCAAUUAAAAUGCAGUUCAACGUCCUUGCGCUGCCAAACAGCAAUUUAGUUGGGCAUAUUUGGCUUCUAGUCGUCGUUUGAAAGAAUGUCAUAGAAAUUGUUUCAUAUGAGGCCUAAACAUUUUGGGCUUCAUCUUCAUCCUCUUCUUUAUCUUCCUAUAGAAUUUUGGACAUUAAUUGUUGUCCACUUAGAGUAACAUAAUUUUUUGCGAGAUAUUCGUUCAUUCUUGUAAAAACAAGGGGCAUGUAUCUAUAGUAUCCAAAGCUGCACCCAUUAUUCCUUAGCUUAAUGAUUCAUUUGUCAAGGGCAGUUCAAUCA